AUGGAGGCGGUAGCAGAAAAAAGUGACCAGAGGAACCUGCGAAAAUGCAGUUUGCCAACCGUCACGCGAUGCCUCGGCCUUCCCCUCGCCGUGUGGGACGCGUUCAAAGAUCUGCUGAGCGCUCGUUUUUUCGGUAUCAAGGGAAAAAACAUGCGCGCCCCCCUGCUGCUGGGCUGCUUCCUCUUUGUGGCGGCGACGCAGUACUUUCGGGGCUCGGCCCACAUGAUCCACGACGACGUGCUCUCCACCAAUAAGGUGGUGGUGGCCAACUCUCUGUCUCAGAGCCUGGAAGUAGACUCGCCCCCUGUUGUAAUGGUGGCGAACUGCGUCCCUCUGUGGGGGAGCUGCAAGUCUCCGGGCAACGUGUGCUGCGACUUCUGCGCCUUCUGCCAGUGCCGGCUCUUCAGGACUGUGUGUUUCUGCCGGAUGGGCAACCCCCGCUGCUGA